GCUGUGAGCUGGACUGGACUGAACUGGCGAUGUUGUUCAGCAAGGAAACCAUUUCUGCGUAAUUAUUUUGUUCGUGUCCAACUCUCCAGGCUGCAGAUCGGGUUCGAGGGUGAAUUCAGUUUUGGCAUUUCACCAGUGAUGUCUUAAACGAGAGUUAAAAUCCGCUGGAUCCGAAUCCUGUUGGUUCAGAGCGAAUCAUGAGUUAUUUUCCACUGAGCAACUUGAGACUGCGAUGGAACACGAUCCAAUCGAUUCUGCGGAUACCGCCGACCGCGUUCAACCUGGCUGAAUUGACCCAAGAGCGCACCCUCUUCGUCGCCGGCAUUUUGGUCUUUUCGCUGAUGGGCUCCUUCGUCCUUUGGGGACCGGCGCCCAAGAGACUCAAGGGCUCCAAAAGAUCCAGAGCCGUGAAAGGUCUGGCGAAUAUGGGAGAAACGUGUUUCUUGAACACAUUGCUGCAGGCUCUGGCCGCGUGCCCUUUAUUUUGCCACUGGCUCGAGCAACAUAAGGAUUCGCGACUUGCGUCCGCCCUUCACGAAAUAAUCACUUUCGUAAACGGUUACGGGGCAGAGUCUGACACCGCGUUGUUCCCUCGGGCGGUGGUGUCUGCACUGUCGGCCCACGGCUGGUCCAUGGGCCUUGGCCAGCAGGACUCGCAUGAGUUGUUUUUCAUACUGAUGUCCUCAUUGGAAGAGCAGGCCACUCCAGCGGUCCAGCAGACGGACAUUUUGGCCCUGCUGGACAAGGAGCCCGGCGCCGAUCAGGCGGAAGUCGUGGUGCAAGCCGUACGCCAAAACGAAAACGACGAGUCUCCUCCCAGCAAGGAAUCAAAGAGGCCUUUCUAUUUAUCGAGGGCUGGCAAGCAAAUGAAAACAGCAACUAGUCAAAAAUUUGAGUUCCCUUUUCGAGGCCAGCAGCUCAGCCAGUUAACAUGCACCAUCUGCUCAAAAUCGUCUGUGGUUCAGCACCAAGCUUUCGACUGUCUUUCACUCACUCUCCCCUCCAAAGGAUUCAUGUCCUGCUCACUUGACCAGCUCCUGUCCAGCUUUACAGCGCCUGAGCAAGUGAGCGGGGUCCUUUGUGAGCACUGCUCCAAAGGGGGCGGCUCUCCAACCAAAACUUCGUUUGUCAAGCAACUUAGUGUUGGCCGACUUCCGAAAAGCCUGUGCAUCCACAUUCAACGGACAUCUUGGAUGAGCAAUGGGCAGGCGUACAAACGUCGCGAUUUCGUGUCAUUUCCCGAGGUUCUAGUCAUGGACAAGUUCACGUACUUUCACAAGGAGAGGCUGAAGAGGGCGCUGCUGAAGCAGUUGGUGCCGCGGCCGACUGAACUUAACCUCACCCCUUCAGCUGCGAACGACAACAAUGCGGGUGACUCCUCUAAAGCUGUUGUCAGCAUCGUCAGCGAAGUCAUUGACGGUAACAUCAGCAACGAUGCCAGACACAAGUAUUUGCUGCAGGCGGUAGUGGUCCAUAUCGGAGAAGUCAACUCGGGACACUUUGUCACGUUUCGAAGAGUUCCCCAGCCUUCCAAGUGCCAAGAACAGUGGGUCUGUACGUCUGAUGACCAGUGCCAAAAUUCGUGUUUGGCAGAAGUUCUGAAGGCAGAGGCGUAUAUGCUGUUCUACGAAAAGAUUGGUUGCAGCCUCGGUUUGUCCAGCAGCCAGGGCUGAAUAUGCAAAUGUCGGAAACUCAAGUAGCAUUAUUGCAUUUGGCUAGAUUUAAAUACAUUAACAAGCAGCUGAAGAGCUAAUUCAUGUAUCGAUAACUGAUUUGGGUGCUUAUGAGUGUAAAGCAUUUGAAUAUUUCUCUACGCCAGUUUGCUACAUCUUCUGAAUGAUCUCUACUUGAAUAGGCUCGAAAUUAUUAAAUACAAUAUAAUAUAUA